GCGUGCAUUUUAAGAGUGCCUGUAUCCAGAGACGCUAACCUCGGCAUUGUUUCAGCAUCAGUUUAAGAGUGUCAAAUAUUUGAGUACGAUGGGACCUGGUGGACCUGGAGGCCCCGGCGGUGGCUGGGGUCCUGGACCUGGAGGACCUGGGGGGCCUGGAUGGGGGCCUGGACCUGGCGGACCGUGGGGUGGAGGCCCUGGAUUCUGGCCGGGACCUGGAGGUGGAUUUUUUGGUGGGUUCUUCAAUGGUAUAUGCAACAUGAUUUCUUCUUGUCUCUACUGUCUAUGCUGUUGUUGGAUGCUACAGGACUGUUUUGGUAGGCCCGGUGGUCCUCCUGGUCCAUUUGGCCCCCGCCCCUUUUGAUAUAUAUCUGAGUUCGCAAGCACCAGGAUCGUUUCUCCUGGUGAUAAUUGGAACCUGUCAGUCACUGUAAUUUUAUUUUCAUUUCCUUCAGUUGCUACAGACUAAAAUCAUAUGUGCUUUAUUAAAUAAAUUGGAUACGUUAUUCACUGUUUAUAUCUAUGGUUUUAAUUUUUUAAUUAUUGUUGUUGUAAAUGUCCUUCUCCAAGUCUGAAGAAGAAACGUUUUCUCAUCCA